AUGCACAUGCAGAACUAUUCCUUGGUGUCAGAAUUUGUGUUGCAUGGACUCUGCACUUCACGACAUCUUCAAAAUUUUUUCUUUAUAUUUUUCUUCGGGAUCUAUGUGGCCAUUAUGCUGGGUAACCUUCUCAUUUUGGUCACUGUAAUUUCUGAUCCCCGCCUGCAUUCCUCCCCUAUGUACUUCCUCCUGGGGAACCUAUCUUUCCUGGACAUGUGGUUGGCUUCAUUUGCCACUCCCAAGAUGAUCAGGGAUUUCCUUAGUGAUCGAAAACUCAUCUCCUUUGGAGGAUGUAUGGCUCAAAUCUUCUUCUUGCACUUUACUGGUGGGGCUGAGAUGGUGCUCCUGGUUUCCAUGGCCUAUGACAGAUAUGUAGCCAUAUGCAAACCCUUGCAUUACAUGACUUUGAUGAGUUGGCAGACUUGCAUCAGGCUGGUGCUGGCUUCAUGGGUCACUGGAUUUGUGCACUCCAUCAGUCAAGUGGCUUUCACUGUAAAUUUACCUUACUGUGGCCCCAAUGAGGUAAACAACUUCUUCUGUGACCUCCCUCUGGUGAUCAAACUUGCCUGCAUGGACACCUAUGUCUUGGGUAUAAUUAUGAGCUCAGACAGUGGGUUGCUUUCCUUGAGCUGUUUUCUGCUCCUCCUGAUCUCCUACACUGUGAUCCUCCUCACUGUCAGACAGCGUGCUGCCGGUAGCGCAUCCAAAGCACUCUCCACUUGCUCUGCACAUAUCAUGGUAGUGACGCUGUUCUUUGGCCCUUGCAUUUUCGUUUAUGUGUGGCCUUUCAGUAGGUUUUCUGUGGACAAGUUGCUGUCUGUGUUUUAUACCAUUUUUACUCCACUCCUGAACCCCAUUAUCUACACUCUGAGAAAUGAGGAGAUGAAAGCAGCUAUGAAGAAACUGCAAAACCGACUCGUGACUUUUCAAUGA